AUGACUGAAUUUCACAAAAUAUAUUGGUGUUAACCUAUCUGGUAAUAAUAAUUUAGUUUAGAUUAGAAUCUACUUAUUUGGUAGAUUGAUAAAUCUAAAAUAUUUAUUCUGAAUUUGGAAAAAAUUAGUAAAUAGAAAUAAUUACCAUUUUAAUCAGAUUCAAAGAUUCAAUCAAGAACGAUUAUACUUUCAACAAAAUUCCUUAUAAGAAGCAAUCCAUUAGAAUCAUAUUCUCUUAAUAUCUGGUCAAUUGAAAACAAUAAAAAAUAGCUAAUUUAUAUUGUGAUGAAAAAAAUAUUAAAAUUUUAUCAAUGA